GGCCCGGGAGCGGAGCCUUAAAGCGGAAAGCGCGCGGGAGCAGGGGGCCACCUGGGGCCAGUCCUUCGGUGACCGUACUGAGCGCCUCCACCCCGGCUAUUUACACUCCGCCCCUCCAUCGGCGGGCAGAUGAGGUAACUGAGGCACAGAGAGGCGAAGCGACCCGCCCGAGGUCGCCCGGCAGACAAGUGACGGAGCCGGAGCAGCCCCUAUGGAAGAGAAGCAGAUCUUGUGCGUGGGGCUCGCCGUCCUGGACGUCAUCAAUGUGGUGGAAAAAUAUCCCGAAGAGGAUUCCGACAGCAGGUGCCUGAGCCAGCGCUGGCAGAGGGGCGGCAACGCCUCCAACUCCUGCACCGUCCUGUCCCUGCUGGGAGCGCCCUGUGCCUUCAUGGGCUCUCUGGCCCCGGGCCACAUUGCCGACUUUGUCGUGAAAGACCUGCAGCGUUACUCCGUGGACCUCAGCCAGGCCGUCCUUCGGGCCGAGAGCUCCGUCCCCGUCUCCGUCGUCAUCGGCAACGUGGCCAACGGCAGCCGGACCAUCCUGCACGCCAACGGCUUCCUCGUGGCUGACUUUGGGCGGCGGGGAGUGGAUGUGACGCAGGUGGCGUGGCAGAGCGGCGGAGACACGCCUUGCUCCUGCUGCGUGAUCAGCGGCUCCAAUGGCUCCCGCACCAUUGUGCUCUACGACACGAACCUGCCUGACGUGACAGCCCGAGACUUUGAGAAGGUCGACCUGUCUCGGUACAAGUGGAUCCAUAUCGAGGGCCGGAACGCGGCGGAGCAGGUGAAGAUGCUGCAGCGGGUGGAUCAGUAUAACAAGGCCCGUCCCCCCGAGCUGCAGAUCCGGACGUCCGUGGAGGUGGAGAAGCCCCGGGAGGAGCUCUUUCAGCUGUUUGGAUGUGGAGAUGUGGUGUUCGUCAGCAAGGAUGUAGCCAAGCACAUGGGUUUCCGGUCGGCGGCUGAGACCCUCGAGGGGCUUUACGGCCGUGUGAGGAAGGGGGCCGUGCUUGUGUGCGCGUGGGCGGAGCAGGGAGCGGAUGCGCUGGGGCCCGACGGGCAGCUCCUGCACUCAGACGCCUUCCCCCCUCCUCGGGUGGUGGACACGCUGGGAGCUGGGGACACCUUCAACGCUUCGUUCAUCUUCAGCCUCUGUCAAGGAAAAAGCGUGCAGGAGGCCCUGGUCUUCGGCUGUCAAGUGGCAGGCAAGAAGUGUGGGCUGCACGGCUACGACGGCAUCGUGUGACGGCUCCCGGUGGCUGCGGGCCCAACCUGUCCGGCCAGGACGGUAGCCCGAGGAGCCCGAGAGACGGCCACGGCCGUGCCAACGGUCCCAACUCCCGGGAAGUUGGGGGUUACUGCUCCCUUGCUCCCACCCCUCGGACCCCAGCUGUCUUCAUUAUCCAGCCCCCCAAAUUAAAUAGACGUUUCCCCGAGGA